UUUUCCCCUUGCCAAGCCCCAGCACUCCAGGAUGUGUCAUUCCCCUCGCGGAUACGUGUGACUCCGGGCCACACGACCGUGCCCGCGGCUGAGCACACACCGCGAGCAUCACUUGGACGUGACACGGAGCGGCGUGCGGCGGGGCAGCGAGUCCGGAACCAUCGCUCCUCGCACGGCAAUAAUUCCGCAUUCCCAAGAAGAGGUUAAACCUUCACGUUGAUGUUAAGGGGCUGCUCCCAUGGAACACCGCACGGCCGCGGAGGUGCCGCCCCGGCCCGGCCAUGCCCAGAGCGGGGCAGCCGCUCCGUAGCCCCUCGCAGCCCCGCUCACGGUGCGCGCAGCGCUCGGUGUUGUUACGUAGAGCCCUGGAAGCACCCGGGGUAUUCCGCCUUCUUCCUCCGCUGGAAGCAAUCGGCGCGCAGCAAUCCCGACGCGGGCUCCGGGACCGUAGCACACCGCAGCUCGCCAUCCGGCACGGUUAACUGGGGGAAGUGUGCGCCUUUCUGCCUUCUCUAUGCUUUGUUACGGGGCUGACGCCAGCCCGCGUCCUCCUCCCCCUCCCGCAAUAUUCGAACCGCGGCUUCGAGCGCUCGGGCAGCGCGGGGUGCGGGCAGCAAAAUAGCCCCGGCCGCACAGAGCGAAUUGCGCAGGAAAGGAAAAUCGGAGCGGCCCGCACAUGUAAGUAUUCCUCGCUCCGAGCCUCGAAGUUGGGAGCGCCGGGCCCGGGGCGCGGAGCCGCACAAUGCGCGGCGAACGCCGCUGCCGAACGGCCGCGCUCGCGGAGGAUCUCCCACCGCCGCGCUCACGCUUCCGUCCCUCACACUUACGGCGCGCACAAAAGAGCAACGUUGGUCCGAAAUAGCCUAAAAAAUAUACGAAACGCUACGAAAAAGCACCGAAAUCCUUCGUGCGGAGCGAGCGAGGAGCAAGCCGGAGAGGUCGGAGCGUGCUGGAGCCCGGAUUGUUUAAUAGAAAGAUUUAUCUGCGAACUGUAUUAUUUACUUUGGGAGGGGAGGCGGCGGUAUGAGGGUAUGCUAAUUAGCGGGAGAUUUUUGGGGGGAAGGGGUGGAAUAUCAAUUUUUAUUGCAUCACCUGUCAGGAGUGUCCAAUCAGCGUUGGCUUUAGGGGAAUUAAUUGAUGAAGGUGUCUCCGGACGAGCUCACUUCACUCUGUCAUUUUAUUUGUAGCUAAAGCAGCGGCGGGAAUAGCAGCUGCAUUGCUUUUCUCUUCCUCCCUUCACAUUCCAUUAUCAUAGUUUCCAAUGGAAAAGCAGGGAAUGAAAGGGAACAGGUACUGAUCUGCGGCAGCAACUUAGAGAAACACUUUGGCAAAGCUGAUUUUUAAGAUUACAUAUUGAUUGUAGCCUCACGGUGGUGGUUUUUUUUUUUUUUUAACUUAUUUUUAUUUUUUAAAUUUUGUCUAAAGUUUGGCACUUCACCCACCAGGAAUAGCAGCAGCCUUUGUUGCGCUCUGUUAGCAGGAUGCCUUGAGACAAAUACAGCAUCUGGCCGAGGAUUGUGUGUGUGUGGCUUUUUCUUUUUUUUUUUUUCCCCUUUUUUUUUUCCUUUUUUUUUUUUUUUUCUUCUCUCUCUCUCUCCGCAAAUGCCGGGAAUGAUUUAAUUCGCGAAAUGGGAGACCUGAAGUCGGGGUUUGAAGAGGUGGAUGGAGUGCGGCUCGGCUACCUCAUCAUUAAAGGAAAGCAAAUGUUUGCACUCUCCCAGGUUUUCACCGACCUGCUCAAAAACAUCCCGCGGACCACCGUGCACAAGCGAAUGGAUCAUUUGAAAGUCAAAAAGCACCACUGCGACCUGGAGGAGUUGAGGAAACUCAAAGCCAUCAACUCCAUCGCGUUCCACGCCGCCAAAUGCACGCUCAUCUCCAGAGAGGACGUGGAAGCGCUCUACACCUCCUGCAAAACCGAGCGGGUCCUCAGGACAAAGCGGCGGAAGCUCGGCCGGGCCCUGGCGGGCGGCGAGCUGCGGCCGGAGCGGGCGCCCGCCGACCCCUUCCGCGGCUUCUGGAAGGAGAACAAACUUUGGCUGGGUUUGAAUGACUCUCCCCGGCCGCUGCUGCCAAUCAGGCGGAAAGCUCUGCGGCCGGGGGCCGCGGCCCUGCUGCCGGCCUCCCAUCUACCUCACCUUUUUAGUAAAUACACUGGCCACGGCUACCCGGAGCUGGCCCGGGCGCCCCGCAAACCUCCCGGCGGCUAUGAAACGGCGGCGGGCGGCUGCCUGGCCCUGGCGCGGCCCUGCCGGCCCCGCGGCGCCCCGCGGCUGCCUCUGCCGCUGCCGCGCGGCUUCGGGCCGCCGCCUUCGCCCGCCUUCGCCGAGAGCGGCAGCAGCGACUCGGAGUCCAGCUGCUGCUCCGGCCGCGCCGCGCACGACUCGGACUGCGGCUCCAGCCCGUCCAGCUCCAGCGAGGGCAGCUCGGAGGAGGAGGACGAGGAGGAGGAGGACGAGGAGGGCAGCGGCGGCUCGGACUCCAGCGAGGGCAGCUCGGAGGAGGAGGAGGAAGAGGAGGAGGAGGAGGAGGAGGAGGAAGAGGAGGAGGAGGAGGAGGACAGCACCUCGGACUCCGACUCCAGCUCGGUCUCCAGCCAGGUCUCGGUGCAGAGCAUCCGCUUCAGGCGCACCAGCUUCUGCAGCCCGCCCGCCGUGGUGCACGCCAACUUCUUGUACCAUCUGGCCGCCGCCGCCGCCCCCCGGCCCCCGGCCCCGGCCCCGACGGAUCCCGGCGGGCCGCCCGCCCUCCGCCGCGCCGCGGGCUGCGUGAAGCCGGAGCUGCCCGAGGAGUGGGGCCGGCCCGGCUGGGGCCCGGCGCUACGCUGCCCCGGCGGCCCUGGGAGCUGCUUCGCGGAGAUAAGGGAGCGGAGGGCGGCCGAGAUCACAUUCCCACACUCUGAAUUUCCCAAUAACGCCAAGAGUACUGACCUAACAAUUAACUGCGUUGCAAAGGGGGCCUCUUCACCUAGCCCAAAGACAAACAAUGCAUUUCCACAACAAAGAAUACUCAGAGAGGCAAGGAAAUGCCUUCCAGCAACUACUACACACUGUGCAGAUAACAAUACAAUAGCUGCUAGGAUCUUAAAUAAUGAUUCUUCAUCAGCGGCUGCGAAUUCCGAAAAAGAUUCCCAAAUCCCUCAUUGUAUUGAAUUUGCCACGGAUUUGCCCUCGUUACGGACCGAUCCCGCGGAGGACGCCGCCUCUCCGGGGGCUGCGGAGCCGCGGAGCGCUGAGCCGGGGGCCGAGGCGCUGCCCUUCCCGCACCGCGUCCGCAUCAAAACCGAGGAGGAGGCGAGCGGCGAGGACGGGCCCGACCCUCCACCCCACGAGCUGCGGUGUGAGUGCAAUGAUCCCGAGGAGGAGCGUCGCGGCGUGACGGAGGGCAGCGAGCAGGACGCUUUAGGAACGGCCAAGGAGGAUUCUGCAUGCACUGAGAAAGAAACCACUUCCUUCCCCCCGCUGACUCAGAGUCAGGGCCUCUCAUGCACUUUAGGUACUCCAAAACCUGAGGAUGGGGAGUAUAAAUUUGGAGCGAGGGUGAGAAAGAACUACAGGACGCUGGUUCUGGGCAAGCGGCCCGCGCUGCAGCCUCCUCCGCUCAAACCAAAUCUGAAAUCGGCGCGGAGCCCGCGGCCCGCAGGUAAAGCCGAGCCCGAAGGAACACUGGACGAUCUCACGGCCAACAAUAGGCGCAGAAGGGUAGCCGGCAAUGUAGCAUCAGCGGUGAAAAGGCCGUUUAAUUUCAUGGCAAAUUUUCCCUGUCCACCGUCGCUAAUUAUUGGCCAUGACGGGGAUUUGUUGCCAGCUUAUUCCUUAAGCACCACUAAGGACUCGCAAGCACCUCACAGGGCCCAUCCCGUGUGGAAAUGGCAGCUGGGCGGCUCUGCAAUACCUCUCCCACCUAGCCACAAAUUCAGGAAAUUUAAUUAAUAAAAUACUUUGGAAAAUAUUUGCUGGAACCACCUCUCGGGCUGUGCUCUGCGUGAGCUCGGCAGGAAGGUUCGUGCGGCCCUUAACGCCGCGCAGCGCUCGCUGCUGGGAUCCGUCGUGUCGUUUGUGAAGACAGAACCCGGAUUACCGUUUUCUUCCCUUGUUCCAACAGUGGUUUUGGUUUGGUUUGUUUGGGUCUUUUUUUUUUGUUGUUUUUCUUUUCUUUUUUUUUUCUUUCUAUUUUUUUUUCCUGUUACAUUUGGGUAUUUUUUGUUACAUUCCACAGAGUACUUCAGGCAAAGACUCAACUCAACUCAGUUACGCCGGUAGAGCUGGAACACUUUACUGUUUGAAUGCUAAUAAUGCACCAGUACCUCAAUUCAACUGCUGCAAAUAAAUGUCAAAAGGUUGAAUAAUAAAUACUAGAAUGAGCCAUUAAAUUUAUGCACUAGAUUUCGAACAUGGCAGUCUAACUGUUAAUUCAGUUCAAGUUUGUGAAGUGCCACGGCCGCACAGGAGGGCUGGCCGCACCUCGGCGCUCGGAGCGGGGCGGUGCGGUGCCUCGGGCCCACAGCGCUGCGCUCAGCCCCUGGGGAAGGCGGGGGCAGAGAGCAGCACGAAACGGGGGAUCGCAGCGCGGGGAAAGGGCGUCCUUUCGCUCGUGCAGCCCCUCGGUGCGAUUGGAAGCCUUUUUGUUUCACCCAGAGGUCUUAAAUAAGGUUACAGUUACCCGCUCACGUCGUGCCGAAGCUGCGCUCCGAACGCGCCCCUGCAAACUUGCACGGCGCUCGGAGCCCUGCCCGGCCCGCGGCGAUUUAUGGGCAACCCCGCGCGGGCCGCAGGAAAUAGCGAAGCAGUAAAUGCGGCGCAGAGAGAGCGGAGCGAGGGGCCAGGAGUGGGAACAGCGCACCAAACGCGAGCCCCGCGCUGCUCGUGGCUCUGCGGCCCUGAACUCGGGCGCUGCCGCCUCGUUGUCCUCAGCCCCGAACCCCGGCGCUGUCGGUUUUUGUUUCCAGGCCGUCCUCUCUAUGUAGCAGAAACGUUUCUACCGCACGUGACAAUCAGAGGCGAUUAUCUCUAUUUGCACUUAAUAUCGAAAUAGUGGAGCGGGCGGGGGCGAGGGCCUCGCCUCGGAGAGACAUGCCGGUAUAAUAUAUUGUGAUGAUGGAAGCGGUAAAUCAAAAUGAUGGAAAUUUGCACUGUUGAAAAGCAUGCUUUAGCUUUAUUUUCAAUUAAAAACACUGUUUAAAAAUUCCUGAUUCCCUACACUUUGAAUUAUUGCAAUUUAUCCUCGCUUUCCUCUCCGUUUGGGAGAUCCCCGGUUGGAUUCCGAGGAAAUACGCUUCAAGAGGUUCACUGUUUCCCUCCCUGCCCCCAAAGCCCCUCCAAAAGAAAGGGAAAAAAAAGAAAAAAGAAAAAAGAAAGGAAGGCCGCCGCGCAGCAGCCGGGCCCGGGGCCGAGGGCUGCCGAAGGGCCCCGGCGCGGGGGGACGGGCGCAGCUCCGAGCGCGGCCCAGAAGUUUGCGGCCCCGGGAAGGCCGAGUGCUGAAUCAGCGGGGUUUCGGCUGAAGGACUGCUGGUUUCUUUCUUUGGAUUGGCGCUUUAUUUAUACUAGAUCAUUCCUAAAUUAAAUGUUAAGGAUUCCACUCAUCGAUCAAUCUCGGAAGGAUAAUUUAUCGUAAAUCAAAGAAAAGAAAAAAAAAAAAAAAAAAAAAAAAAAAAGGAAAACAAA